UUGACAGUCGUUUCGUGCAACAAAGCAAAUUGUUGGAAAUUCUCGCAAAAAUUGCUCUGUUUACCAACAGAGAAACGGUAUUAUCUCGAAAAGUUCUAUAAAACUCGUCAAGCUGACUUCGAAAAUAGACGUGGACAUGAGUUUACCUACAGACUUCGGCCCGGACUCCGGGGGAAGAGUCAAGGGUCUUGUGAUAGUAAAGCCUAUAGUCUACGGGAACGUUGCUCGGUAUUUCGGGAAGAAGCGGGAAGAGGAUGGUCACACGCAUCAGUGGACCGUAUACGUGAAGCCCUACGCCAAUGAGGAUAUGUCAGCGUAUAUCAAGAAGGUUCAUUUCAAGCUGCACGAGAGCUAUGCCAACCCUAACAGAAUAAUCGCAAAGCCGCCUUACGAGCUCACCGAGACAGGAUGGGGCGAGUUUGAGAUUGUUAUCAAGAUUUACUUCCAUGACCCUAAUGAGAGACCUGUGACGUUAUACCACAUUCUGAAGCUCUUCCAAUCCCCGGUGACGGAAGGUGCUCCGCCGACCAUUGGCCGAGCGCUUGUCAGUGAGUCGUACGAGGAGAUAGUCUUCCAGGAACCGACGCAGCUGAUGCAGCAUCUGCUUAGCAGCGUCAAACCAAUCACCAAUGGACCUUGGACACAUGAUACGGACUUUGAAGACAAGAAAGAGAAAACCCUUGACAAGAUAAUAAACGCCCAGGCAAAGGUCCGGAACGAAAUAUCAGAUCUGAAAGAGAAACUGCACCUCGCUAAGGAGACCAUAGCCAAGUUCAAAGAAGAAAUAGCCAAGAUCCAGAAUAACUCUGGAAGUGUGCUAGUUGGAGUGUAACUUUGAACCUUGUCAUAGAUAUAAGGUCUUUAUAGACAAGACAAAUAGUAAAUAAAAUUUAGUGAAUAAGGAAAAAUAUCAUUGAAGAAAGUGUCAAAUGGUUGAGAACAUUAAAGAAUGCCUGACUGAUAUAAUAAUAACAUUUAUUAUUGUAUGAUGAUUUAGUAUUAAUGUGUAAAUAAAUACUUUUGUAUUAUAUGGGACAGUAGAUUUUCUACCUA